AUGGCUGAUAACGAAAUAAAUGAUAUCAACAGAUCAAAAUUGUCAAAAAUCAAAGAGAAUGAAAAAGUACAAUGUAUAAUUCCUAUAAUGGAAAAUGGAAAAGAAGAAUCAUGCAAUACAUCUUAUAAAUUCACAGGCUCUACUUCAUACAUGAAAUACCACUUGAAUGAACAAAAAAAUACAAUCAGUUCAAUGUUUGGUAGAGUAAUACCUCAUGUAAAAUCACAACAAUAUAAAUUAGAUGUGGUCUUACUUGAAUUUAUUAUUACUGAUUCUCAGCCAUUUCAUAUUUUAAGAUUUAAAAAAUUUCCAUUCCAUGUGACAAAAUUUAAUUUCUGA